GAUGGGUCUUCUGACUUUGUGGCUGUUGUAACGAGUGACGACCACCUGAUUUUCUGUGCUUGUAUGAACAUUGUUCCGCGAGACCGUGGCGUGAAAUGGAUGUACACGCUUGCGGAUUUAAAAAAACAAAAUUAUAUAUUUUUUUACUCUUUGGUUACUGACUCAUUGUGGAUAUUGAGCCAAAACGACCGGACUGUGAUAUGGACUUGUGAGGAAUGAGAUGGCAAAACCUUAUGGAUGUCUUGUUGCAUUACAAAAGCAUUGAUGGCAGCUUGAAAAUCUUAGUGGACAAAACAGAAAACGCCUUGGAGGACUUCCCCUGUCGUGUUUUGCCUGUAUUUACACCAUGGUUCCCACCUGAAAGUGACAAAUUGCUGCCAAUUAGACCCUUAAAGUCACCGCCGAUAAUUUCUCUGGAGGAUUUGGAAAAUAUCCAAACACAUCUGCAGUCUGCUGAGCCAUUACUAACAUCUCAUCCCUGUGCUGAAAGCAUUCAGAACUUGGCUCUAACCAGUUUGGGGAGAUCCACCUUGCAUGUACAGGCAUGCUCUGAGUUUGGAACAUCAGCACAGCAUAAAAAUACUCUCCAUAGUGAGAGGGAAGUGAAAAGAUCAUGGAGUGUUUUUUCACAGAGAGGUUUAUACAUUCACAACACUCAAACAUUCUCCAAACAAUUCUACAAGGUUGUUUGGAGGCACGGACUUCACAUGCGCCAGAGAGCAAAAUGGGUUAUUGACAAACUGAACUUUGUCACUGGAGACAUAGAACAUACAUGGAGAGGACUGAACCGGGCCAUCAGGAACUCCAUGCUUCCAACUUGCAAUGCCAACAUUCAGAGGGAUCUGACACAAAUCUGUGUGUUCUGCGAUGUAUUAUACUGUGAAUAUGUUGGAAAUUAUUUAAAGGAAGAAUUUCAAGUCACUGGACAGAUCACUUUAUUUGUUCAUAGACUUGGAGACAUUUUCACUUUAUAGAAAUUAGUGAUGGUCAGAAUUUGAUCCAUGUGUCACUGCCAUCUAUUUUGUUAACUGUAGUAGGCAGGUUUCCAUUGACUCAGGUGUAUUCGAUUUUAAAGCAAUGUCCCAAAAAAAAUGAGAUGUGUGUAAUGGAAACAGCAGAUAGGAGACAUUUUUUAAAGAUCAACAACAUUUUUCACCAUUUGACAGGGGUGCAUUAUUCUUCAGUCAAACUUUUGUUAUUGCAGAAAAUGAUGCUGGAAACUGUUUUUUGAAUAAAUUAUGAUUGCCAAAUCAUUUGGAAGGUAUGCAGAGAACUUGAUGUCACCACAUAACUAUAAAGCUCCACUCCUUAAUUUAAUUCUAAAUGCCUACAUCUUGCAAAAUAAACAUACAAAAAUUGA